UUGGAUCCUCACUGGACUCGGGCUCUGUGACGUCUCCUCUCGGAUCCGCUUCUCCUUCGUCGUCCGGCUCCGUUCGGCCCCUGAGUCUCCGGUGGACACGAUGAGCUCCAGCGGGGACGUGUCCCGGAGGAAGGACGCGAUGCAGGCCAGCGGGGACCUGUCCCGGAGGAACCCGCAGGAGGACUUCGAGCUGAUCCAGCGGAUCGGAAGCGGCACGUACGGAGAUGUGUACAAGGCUCGCAAUGUAAACACAGGGGAGCUGGCUGCUAUCAAAGUCAUCAAACUGGAACCGGGUGAGGACUUUGCUGUCGUCCAGCAGGAGAUUAUUAUGAUGAAAGACUGUAAACACUCCAACAUUGUUGCCUAUUUUGGAAGUUAUCUCCGGAGAGAUAAGUUAUGGAUCAGUAUGGAGUACUGUGGAGGAGGUUCUCUACAGGACAUAUAUCAUGUCACUGGGCCUCUGUCCGAGUCACAGAUCGCCUACAUGUCACGUGAGACCCUGCAGGGUUUGUACUAUCUACACAACAAAGGCAAAAUGCACAGAGACAUCAAGGGAGCCAACAUCCUCCUGACAGACAACGGCUACGUGAAACUAGCUGACUUUGGUGUAUCGGCCCAGAUCACAGCAACCCUCGCCAAGAGGAAGUCAUUCAUUGGAACUCCUUAUUGGAUGGCUCCAGAGGUCGCAGCAGUGGAGAGGAAAGGAGGCUACAACCAGCUCUGUGAUAUCUGGGCUGUGGGCAUCACUGCAAUCGAGUUGGCCGAGCUACAGCCCCCCAUGUUCGACCUGCACCCCAUGAGGGCUCUGUUCCUAAUGACCAAGAGCAACUUCCAGCCUCCCAAGUUGAAAGAUAAACCCCACUGGACAAAUAUCUUCCACCACUUUGUCAAACUUGCUCUGACCAAGAACCCAAAGAAGAGGCCCACAGCUGAGAAGCUGCUGCAGCACCCGUUUGUGUCCCAGCCGCUCAGCAGGACGCUGGCCAUCGAGCUGCUGGACAAAUCCAACAACCCCGACCACAGCACCUUCAACGACUUCGACGACGAGGACCCCGAACCCGAGUCCCCGGUCUCUGUUCCUCAUCGUAUUCGUUCCACCAGCAGGAGCACAAGGGAGGGGAAGACGUUGUCUGAGAUUAACUUCGGUCAGGUGAAGUUUGAUCCUCCGUUGAGAAAAGAGACGGAGCCGCACCACGAGCCGUGUGAAUCUGAGCCCUAUCUGGACUGUGUUGAGGAGCUCUACUAUACCGCGAGAUCUAAUCUGGACUUGCAGCUGGACUAUGGGCAUGAUUCACCGAGUCUACUGGGAGGAAACAAGAGUCUCCUCAAAUCUGUGGAGGAAGAGCUCAAGCAGAGGGGCCAUGUGGCACACUUAGGGGAUGAUGAUGAGGAGGAGGAGGAUGAUGGUGCAGAUGAUGAUGAAACUCACACUCAUAAAUCGAGCACCAUCAUGAGGCCGAAGGUUCCCCCCCCGCUGCCGCCCAAGCCCAAGUCCCUGUGCUCGUCCGUGCAGCAGCAGCAGCUCAAACAGGACGACAGCCAAUCCCACAGUGAGGAUGACAGCGGAGGGGGGGGGACCAUCAAACGCUGUCCCGUCCCGCCGCCGACGGCGAGCCCGGCCAAGCCCGCCUCCAACGUCCCGCCGCGGCCCCCGCCCCCGAAGCUGCCGCCCCACCGCCGCAGCAGCCUAGGUAACGAGAGUCCAAAGCGCACGGACGGCGAAAGCUCCGCCCCCGACGAUGACGGGAGCUUUAGGCAUUUCUGGGAGUGGCUCCACACGCCUCACACAGAUGAGGAGCUGGAGGAGGCGUGGGAGGUGCUGAAGGAAGUGAAAGAGGAGGAGGAGAAAAAGGAGGAGAAGGAAGCGAGUAACGGGCUGAACUCUCCACACAACGGAGAGAAGGACAGUCCGGCCGAGAGACAGUCCACCAUGCCCCCUAGUGUCCCCGUGCGGAAGGACAAGAAGGAUGUGGCGACGCCGAUCAGCAACGGUCUCCCACCGACACCUAAAGUCCAUAUGGGCGCGUGUUUCUCCAAGGUGUUCAACGGGUGUCCUCUGAAAGUCCACUGUGCCACUUCAUGGAUCAACCCAGACACCAGAGACCAGUAUUUGAUAUUUGGAGCUGAGGAGGGGAUCUACACAUUAAACCUUAACGAGCUGCAUGAGACCACCAUGGCACAGCUCUUCCCACGAAGGUGUACCUGGUUAUACGUCAUGAACAAUUGUCUUCUCUCCAUAUCUGGCAAAGCGUCCCAGCUGUACUCUCACACGCUGAGCGGGCUGUUCGAACAGGCCCGGCAGUUACAGAAGUUACCUGUGGCCAUUCCCACACACCGGCUGCCUGACAAGAUGAUUCCCAGGAAGUUUUCGGUGUCCAAUAAAAUUCCAGACACUAAAGGCUGCCAGAAGUGCUGCGUAGUGCGAAACCCGUACACAGGCCACAAGUAUCUGUGUGGAGCCUUCCAGUCCAGUGUCAUGCUGCUGGAGUGGGUGGAGUCCAUGCAGAAGUUCAUGCUCAUCAAGAACAUCGACUUCCCGCUGCCGUGUCCCCUGGAGGUGUUUGAGAUGCUGGUGGUCCCGGAGCAGACCUACCCCCUGAUCUGCGUGGCCGUCAGCAAAGGCACCGAGCUCAGCCAGGUGGUCCGGUUCGGCACGGUCAACCCCAACUGCACCUCGUCCUGGUUCACAGAGGAAGACACACCACAGACGUGUGUGAUCCACGUCACUCAGCUGGAGAGGGACACCAUCCUGGUCUGCCUGGACAGAUGUAUAAAGAUAGUGAACCUGCAGGGCCGCUUGAAAUCCAGCAGAAAGCUUUCAGCCGAGCUGACGUUCAACUUCCAGAUUGAAGCAACAGUUUGUCUCCAAGACAGCGUCCUGGCGUUCUGGAGGCAUGGCAUGCAGGGGCGGAGCUUCAAGACCAACGAGAUCACCCAGGAGAUCUCGGACAGCACACGCAUCUUCAGACUCCUGGGAUCCGACAGGGUGGUGGUGCUGGAGAGCAGACCCACUGACAACCCGACAGCCCACAGCAACCUCUACAUCCUGGCCGGCCAUGAAAACAGCUACUGAGACACACUCGCACACACACACAAACACAAUGUCUACACAGCGCACCACUGAUGCCACCGGGAGACACACACUCAGUCCGACGACGCCAUCCCAGCGCCCCCCCCCCCCCCCCUGUGUCACUGGGAGACCAGCAGUUUGUGGGUGCACACGUGGAUUCCCACUCCGCAGUGUUUGCAUGUGUCUCAGUGUAGCAUGUUGUAGAAGGACGGCGGGUUGUGUGUUGGUUUGUGACGGAGCGAGGGCUGAAGCAGCUGCUCCGAGGUCAGCCGGGGUCCUGAUGACUGGGGGGGGGGGGGGCGACCUCAGUCCAGACUCCUGAUAGCAUCCCACCUCCCACUGCACCGCACACUGGGGAAACAGCGUCCAGCACAGGAGUUCAACACUACUUCUACUACUACUUCUACUUCUACACACAUUAGUACUACUACUACUACUUCUGCUACUCGCGCUACAGCUUCACGGAACAGCCAUCUUGCACAGAACACCCCCCCCCUCUCCUCCCUCGCUCCCUUCCUCCUUUUUUUUUUUUAAACUACACCUUUAUUUAUUGUGGCAUGAUGUAACUUUAACAACCAGGAUGGCUUUCCUGUUUUAUUACAUUUUUUUUUUUAAAGGAUAAAAAAAGAGAAAACGGACUAAAAAAAAGCUUUGCCACCUCUGCUAGAAUCAAACCCCAGUUCCACCUCCACACCACACAAGUGCUUAAUUGACCUCUAUUUAAUUGUUGUAAAUAUAAAUGUAGUAUUUUUUGACAGAGACAAACACUAAAAAGACUAAGGUCGUGUAGAUAGGUGUGUGUAUAGUUGCUCUGUACGACGUGGAGACAGAGAGACAGAGAGGCGUGGGGGUGUGACAGGGCAGUAAACUCACUUCCUGUUUCCCCGGUCACGUGACGAGGUGCAGGAACCCCCCCCCCCCCCGCGGUCUCCUCAGGUGGAGCGUUAGUCGUCUGAUGUUGUUCUAAUAACGAUCUGCCGCUCGGGAUCGGACCGAGGGAACAGGAAGCUGAUUGGUCCUUUCCAUCCCGCAUGCAUCCACUUCCUGUUCGCAGCACAGCGACUGAUUUCAGGUCAGCGGACGUUUGAGUUCUGUUCGUCUUCGUUUCUGUUUCCUGUCUCGACAUCAUCAUCUUCUUCUUUUUGUUUUUUUUAUUCUAUUUUAAUCAGAAAGCCUCAUUUCUUUCCUUUAAUGUUUUUUUUGUUUUUUUUUAUUGAACCACUGGUGUUAAGAUUUUGCACAGAGAAAAAAAUACGUAUUUGAUAAACAAAUGUGAUGUCAUUAUAUGACCUUGUUUGUAUGCACAGUGUGUGUGUGAGUGUGUAUAUGUGUGUGCAUAGACAUGUUAGUGCAUCGUCUUUAAGAUUCUGCCUGAAGCUCCUUCGACAAACUGGAUUUACACAGAAAGAUAAAUGGUUCAUAUUUAUACGGUAGAGUCGGUUUACAUGAAACAUAAUUAAUAAAGUAAAUUAAAGCCCAACAGUCGACUGAGGAAACCACAUUUAAAUUCACCAAUUAUUUCCUGGAAAUUGAUAUAAAAAUAUAACCUCCAUGGAUCUGCAGCAAUAUUUAAUAUUUCAAUUUUUUUCUUCCUUCCUUACACCACGUUAAUGUUAGAACUGUUUGUAACAAACUAAAGUACAGGAGUGGAAACAAACUCUUUGUCUCUAGCAAUAAUAGAAUCAUUUCAUAGAUUUCUCUGUAUUAACAGCAGCAGAAAACUCACAUUGGAUCAAACACAAAUGUAAAACCAGGAUAAUAACACAUGUUGAGUCCAGAUAAACCUGUGUGUGAGGUUUGAAGAUGAGACGACUUUUAGAUUUCUGUGUAAAUCUUUGUUUGCAGCGUCCUGAAGGAGACACGUGGUCGUUCACUAACAUCUUUACAAGCUGGGACACCAGAGGUUUCUCACCAGAUCAAAUAAGAAAACACUGAAAUCUCUCAGAGCUGUAACUGUCUGACUCCUCAGUCCUCAUGUGGAAGCACAGGUGUGAGCUGCAGGUGUGAACCAAUCAGAUGCUUCCGUCAGGUUAUCCACACAAGCACAGCAGUGACAUCACAGCAUCAAUGUGACACUAAGCACUGGUACAGUGAUACAGAUGUGAUGCUGGUCCCUGCUGGGUGAACUGCUCUGGUUGAUAGAAACAUGAAACUGGAACCGGGCUGAGACCCUGUGAACAGAAUCUGACUCCUGACGAAAAUCCUGCUUCCUGUGAAAUCUAGUGCUUUAACAUUUACACACAAACUAAUUCAAUGCUACACUAUGAAUCCUGUCGUAGACCGGAGAUGAAAACGAUGGAUUACAUCCAGCUAGAGUUCAGGUGACACUGCAGGCAUCACACCUGUGGUCCUGCACGCUGGUCCACUGGUCCACUUACUGAGCAGAUCCUCUCACUGGAUUCCAGAUUCAUUCUGUGUUGUUUUGAAUCACCUGUGCAUAAAAUAUGGAUCAUACAAGACGUUAGGACAACAUGCGAAACGGCCAAGGAGAGAACGUAGAGCAGAACUUCUCCUUCUUCCCUGGAGAAUGAAUCACAGCCUGUGUGUGGAGACCAUGUGUCUCCACUUCCUCCCGUUGUCUCCGGAUCUCGGACACAAGCGUCUCCAUCCUCGUCUGGAGUCUGCUCCGUUUCUCAAACUAAAGCCAAAUCGCUGAGCUCUCGGCACAGAGAUUUUCAUAAAAAAUGAGUAAACACGGACAUUUAUUGCCAUUAUUUAGAUUUGCCGUGAAAGUGAGUGACUCCCCAAGUCGAGUGGUUUAGCCACAAUCAUGCUAACACGUUAGCGUCAGAGCUGCAGCCAAGUUCCAUUCACACAAUAAGCUUCUUUUACAAAUGUCUUUGUUCAGCGUCAGAGAGAGAAUUCAGUUCAAUCGACUGAUUAUUCACUUUUAAUAUGAUUGAUUGAAAUAUCUUGAUUUUAGCAGCGUUUCCACUUUAUUGUACAUUAGGAAGAAAUUCAUCAAACUUUCCUUUUUACAUCAAGAUUCAUUUCAAAGAACAAACAGUUUCUGGAUUUUAUGUCAUUUUUAAUGUGAUGCCUAAAUAAGAUAUUAUAAUAUAAUAAUAAUUAGAUAAUCGUGCAAGAUGCUCUCGUUCACCGACAAAGUUAACGAGAGAUUAAAAACUCUAUCACAGCCGCUCAUAUAAAAUCGUUAAAGUUAUGUUUGUUUUUCUUCUGUGGGUUCAUUGAGUUUUUUAUUUUUGGGGAAUAACAAUGUGUGUCCGUGGGAUUGAAAGAUGCUUCAUGAUUUGAAUCUGUAAUCCUCUGAAGCAGCAGCCACUGUUUGUUGUUUCCUGAGCUCAGCUGCUCCCGGGUCAGAUCCCGUGUGGCGGUAAUUCAUCGGGGUCGUUUUGAGAUGACGUGGAAAUCAUGUUCUGGAUGAAACCUUUUAGCAUUAAUUCCAUAAACUCCACCUACAUGAAACCAAACACACAUGAGUUAUUUAAAAACCCAGUUUGAUCCGGGAUCCUCACACGUCUCCUCCGUUCGGUCGCUAUCACACCACCUUUGUCUUUUUGUUUUCAUAAUGCAAUGCACAUGUUAUGAAAUGUAUAUAGUGUAAAAUAAAAAUGGGUUUGUUUUACAUACUGUAUAAUUGCCUAUAUUUUGUUUCAGAAGUGUAACAGAUUUAUGAGAUGACAGGUUAACACAUUAAAAAGAAGGAACUCAA